UCGGGGUGGGCGGGGUUACGUGGUGCACGUGACGGCGGCGUCACGUGACGGCGGCGGCGAUCCGGAGCGGCGGGAGCGGAGCGGGCGCCCUUCUCCCAUGCGGGGUCCCCUCCUUGCGGCCGCCGGGGCAGCCAUGGGGGGCACGGGGGGUCCCUUGGCCCGCGCCAUCCGUGCCAAGCUGACGGCGGCCCUCCAACCCACUCACCUGGAAAUUCGGGACGACUCCCCCCUCCACGGGGGCCCCCCCGGAGCCGAGACUCAUUUCGGGGUGCUGGUGGUGAGCGGGCGCUUCGCGGGGCUGCCGCUGCUGCAGCGGCACCGCCUGGUGCACGAGGCGCUGCGGGCCGAGCUGGCCGGGCCCCUGCACGCCCUGCAGGUCACCGCCCGCACCCCCGAGCAGUGGAAGGGUGACCCCCAAAACCCCCCCGCGCCCCCUUGCCUGGGGGGCUCCAAGAGGGAGAAACGCCGCGGGGCCGGGGAGGAGGAAGAGGAGGAGGCGGCGGGGAAGCAGUGACGGCUCUGGGAGCCCCCCCAGGAACAACGGGACCCACUCAAGAACCCCCCCAAGAACUGUGUGGGACUGCCGGGACCCCCUCCCCAAGAACUGUGUGGGGCUGCCAGGAAGCCCCCCAGGAACGAGACCCUCCCCCCAGGAACAGCGUGGGGCUCACAGGACCCCCCCCAGGAACGAGACCCCCCCCCUCCAGGAACAGUGUGGGGCUCCUGGGACGCCCCCCAGGAACAACAGGACCCCCUCAAGAACUGUGUGGGGCUGCCAGGAUCCCCCCCCCAAGAACAACGUGGGGCUCCUGGGACCCCCCCCAGGAACCUUGUGAGGCUGCCAGGACCCCCCCAAGAACAACGGGACCCCCCCAGGAACAGUGUGGGGCUCCUGGGAAGCCCCCCAGGAAAAACAAGACCCCCUCAAGAACUGUGUGGGGCUCACGGGACUCCCACCCUGGUGUUUGGGAGGGGACAAAAAUAAUGGGGGUGACCCCCCCAAACCCCAUAGCACCCCCAGGCUGGGCCCACCCUGCCACCCCCUCCCUGCUCCCACCCUGGUGGGAUUUUUGGGGUGUCCCUCCCAUUGAAUCUGAAUUAAUUUAAAUAAACGUGUUCU